AUGUUCACCUUCUGCCAUGUUUGCCAACCCUCCUUAAAAGUUGUGGGGUGGGGAUUCCUCCUAAUGACUGGAAAAAUGUUUUGUUGUAUUUGCAGCAUUAACAUUCCUUUGCAGCCGAAAAUGUCUUACAGAACGAAUUAUAUGGUUUAUAUUACGCAAACAGGCUUAAGUAGAACUCAUCCGAGUAAGUAG